UUCUGAAUGUUAUACGUGCGCCCUGUACAGCUGGUCUGUGCUUGUUUCCUAGGUAGGCUGAGCGAAGGAUGGUGGGCAGGCAGUGAUUUAUAAACAAACAUCCCUGUUUUGAAAUAUAUAUAUACAUGUAUAUAUAUUAUAAACACCUUGUUGAUCAUGCAGUGUCCUGAUCACCAUGUGUCGUCUGUGCACCACCACUGUGCCACAAUGACCGGUGUUCCUUCGUUCUUUAAAAACCUUACUAUUGGCGGGCUGUCAGCAAUCAUAGCCAAGGUUGCUGUGGCUCCCCUUGAACGAGUGCAGUUAUUGUUGCAGGUACAACCAACGCUGGAAAUUCCACCCAACAAACGAUACAAGGGACUUAUUGAUUGUAUGAUUAGAAUUCCCAAGGAGCAAGGUUUCUUCUCACUUUGGCGUGGUAACACAGCAAAUGUGAUUCGGUCUUUUCCAGCACAAGCACUCGGUUUUGCUUUCAAAGAUAAAUACAAACUAAUCUUUCUAGACGGUGUCAACUACAGUAAAAAUUUCUACCGAUAUUUGUGUGGUAACCUUGCUGCUGGAGGAGCAGCCGGUGGUACAGCAAUGUGCUUUGUGUACCCGCUUGAUUUUGCAAGGACUAGACUCGGUGCUGACCUGGGCAAAACUGCUACUGAGCGAGAAUUUUCAGGAAUUUUUGACUGUGCUCGAAAAAUAUUUCGUACAGACGGAGUAAUUGGAUUUUAUAGAGGAUUCUCAGUAGCGAUUCAUGGAUUUGUAAUUUACAGGGCAGCUUAUUUUGGAAUUUAUGAUACACUGAAAGAAUCUCUGCCAGCAUCCAGAAGGUCCUCUGUGGUGUUGUCUUUAGCAAUUGCUGAGGUUGCUAUGAUUUUCAGCCAGAUUAGCUAUCCCUUUGAUACAGUACGGAGAAGGAUGAUGAUGCAGAGUGGGCGACCAGAGUCUGAGAUGCUCUACAAAAGUGCAAUGCAUUGCUGGCGGAAGAUCUAUCGUGAAGAAGGGGUGAAAGCAUUUUUUCGGGGAAUCGUUUCAAACUUUUUGAAGAGUACGGGUAGUGCAUUAGUACUUGUGAUGUAUGAUCAGCUACAUAGAUUAAUUUGAAUCCCACAUGCAUGGUGUAUUCAUUUGGAACUGAUCUUGGGGGAAAAAAUGGACACAAGUGAAAAUGCUGUAUACUUACUGUAGCUACCUCAACUAAAUGUGCUAACAGACAAGGCUACUGCAUUGUUCUGAAAACAUAUGUGGUACGCUGCAUCCACAGAACAGAACAAUGAUAGACUUCUUAUAAUUAUAUAUACUCUUAUGUUGAAGUCAAUAUAUUUUUUAAUGGAUAUUAUUUAAUUGCUAAUUCAUAAUGCGCAUUCAUUGAUGCAUUUGAAUAAUCAUUCAUCAUGUGUAUAUCAUAGAUCAGUUGUAAAAUUCCAAGUGUAUAAAUUGUACUUAAUAUACAAACAUUGAAUAUAGUUAAAUUCAUAUAAGUUGUCCCCAUAAUAAUUAAAUUUAGUAUAAAGAAAAUUCAAUUCUUAUAUUAAUUCUCAUAUUAAUUAAUUUGGUAAUAUUGUCGAAAAUAUAAAAAUAGUGGCCCUCCCUUCCUAAAUAAAAUAUUUUGCAAUCUAGGUAACCUCAAACCCAUCUGGAUAUUUAAGCAUCUAAAAUUUGAUUGAGGCCCUUGUCACAAAGGCUGUAUACUGUUCAACGACAUUGAUAUCAAAGUAGCUUUAACAAUUUGUACAAAAAUAUAAAAACAAUUCAUAAGGUUAAGAAAAUUAGUGCAAGUUGUUCAGCUGCAUAAUUAGGGUCUUCCUUCCUUCCACACCAAUAGAAAGAUUUAAAAAAAAAAGUGUAACUUUAGCCACACAGGUUGAAUAAAAAUAUCAAUAUACGGCAUGUGCAUUCCAUCUUAUCAGAUUUUGUAUAAUUUCUCAGUACUAUGUUUUAUAACAAUACUACAAAGAGCAUUGAAGUGUGCCAUAUUUUGUGUAGUAAUUUAUAUUACAUUGUUAGUACGAGUUACCAAGUAGUAUAUUUUGGUUUGUGAAAUGUGCUAAUUUCUAGGUUAUUUGUUAGAGGUACUUUUUAAGUUAUGAGUGAGUGUAAAGUCAAAUACCCCAACAUCACAAUAAUUUGCAAUGAUAUAAAAAUAAUUCUGUUAUUUUGUUUGAAUAUGUUAAGAUCAUAUUAAACAUUGUUAUUCUAAGCUGUAGAGUUUGGAACAAGCUGUUCAGCUGGAUAAUUAGUCUUCCUUCCUUCCUUCCUUCCAUGUCUGUAGGACGAUGAAUAUAAGAUAAUUCCACCCACACCAGAGUAGAAAUAUCGCUAUAACAGUUGAUGCAUUCCGAUAUCUCAGUACUAUGUUGUAUGACAUUAUUUUAGAUGACACCAUCGUAAUCUUCCAUAUUCUGUUAUUGUAGUACAUGAGUUCACCAAACUGUUUUGUGGUUUGUAAAAUGUGAUAAUUUAUCGUUUAUAAUAAAAUAAGGUUUUAACUCUCA